GUUAAAAAAUUCGGUUGGAAGGGAGUAUGUGCGGCCCACAAAAAAAGAGGAAAGAAAUUGGGAAUCGUAGCUCAUUGUGCAAAGCCUCAAAAGUGUCAUAUAGCUAAAGGUGAAAAAUAACCUGUCUUGCAAAUUGCAAACUGCGCGAGUGAAGAGAAAAUCUGAGAAAACGCGUUCGUAAAUCAGAGUCUGCUGUGCGGUAAAAAAAAACAACAAAAAAAAACGCGAGAAACGGCGGAGCACCUAUGCUAAUGCUUAUUUAUUUUUAAAACAUGCUACGCAUGACUAAUGAAACGGGUUGGCGUUAUUAAAGACGAUAAAAAACACAGAAAUACUCAGCUAAACUAAAAACUGCCCAAGGCUCUGGGGGCAAACACACACACGCUUGCAAAACACACACACAAACACAAGCGAGAAACUUUAGUGGUGGCGCCUAGGGUCCAACAGCAGCAACAACAAUAACAAAAACUACAACAAUAGGCCAUAAUAGGAGGAUUACCACUGCUGCAACAACAAUAACUACAAACAACAAUUCAUCAUUCAAGAAGCAAAUUUAUUAACGCUAAAUAAACACUAAAAAUAAACAGGCAACAGCAAGUAAUUAUGCUUGACCCUGGUCCAACAAUAGACGUCGUUGCCGUUGCCGUCGCCGCCACCGCUAUAUCCGAUUCCGAAUCUAAAGCCCCGCUGGAGCAAGUGCAAGUGAGACGCCGCUAAAGCCACGCUUGGGAGUCGCACUGGAAUCGUUGCAGGGCUUGCAAGCGUCGUCGUUACCAUUAUAAUACUCAGCAACACAGAAGCCGAAAGCGAGAAAAGAAAACGAGAAAUCAAAACGAACGCCGGGAGGAGGAGGCGGAGAAGGAGCAGAGUCCAGACUGAAACCGAGCACAGAGACUGACUGAGAUUUUUGCACCAUGGUGGUCGUGGGCAAUCUACACAACACGCGCAUGCCGUUCUUUUUAGUCCUAAUCGUGGUGAUCCUCACCAUCUUCAUCUACGCCUCGUACUCCACAACGGCCACCUUAACACAGAACCAUGUGCAUUCGGCGGCAUCGCCGCCCCAGCAGCUGAUCGGACCGAAUCCCAUGUUGGUCAUCAAUAACACAGACAACAAGGAUUAUGCCCAGGCAGCUGGAGUGGAUAGUGCGCCCAAAGUCUCCAGUAGACAGGCGACGAUGCAGCAACAGCAGCAGCAGCAGCAACAGAUUCUACCGCUGGAGGUGCACAGAAAGCAUACACAGCACCGGCUGCCCACCAUCGAUGAGGAUGCCCUGCUCGAUGGCGGCUCUGCCGGUGCCAGUCCCCAGUUAGGUGGCCCUGCCGAACAGACGCCCAAUGCCAUGGCGGAAGAGUUACUGCUAGAGGAGCAACAGUAUGGCCAGAGUGUUGAUGGCAUCACAGGGAACAUCAACAGUAGCAGCAAUAACAACGUCAAUAGCAAUGGCACCGGAGACGUGUUGGUUCUCAGGCAAUCAGCCGUUCCCGCCUUGCCGUCAUCCCAACAACAACAACAGCAACAGCCGUCCCAGAUCCAGGCAGGGCAAUCCGAUGCCGAGGUACUCAUUCCUACGUCCAAUUUGCAAAAGUUUAUCGAGAAUGCCGAUAAGAUACUAAAGAACAUCACAUCGAGCAGCAGCACAGGCAAUGGAGUUGCCGCUGUCUCGGCAACCGGAAAUGACCAGAACACGGACAAAGGCAUUCAGCAGCAACCAGAGGCGGCACAACCCAAUACGGCAGAAGUCUCCGAGGGGGAGCAGCCGUCGGAAUCCAAGGUGAUCCAGGAGAUCAAGGAGGCGAAAAAAGAAGCAGAUGCUGCACCAGCAAAGUCCGUCAAGCCAUCUGUGCCCAUUGCACGGACGACAAAGGGCAGGGUAGCAGCUUCCAAGGAGUCAAAUGCUCCGGUGGAUCCCUCCAAGGGCGUUAUCGCCGAGAAACUGUACGAGCAGGGACAUCUGGAUGAUGAAAUCGACGCGGAUAGAAUAUGCCCCAAGGGUGGAGAGUUCAUCAAACUAAUGGUUCUCAUUAGCUCGGCAAUGUCGCACGAUGCGGCCAGGAUGUCCAUUCGGCAGACAUGGAUGCAUUACGGCAGCAGGCGGGAUGUGGGCAUGGCCUUCGUCCUAGGCCGUGGCACAAACGAAACGCUGAACAAGGCCCUCACCCAGGAGAACUUUAUUUACGGGGAUCUGAUACGUGGCAACUUCAUAGACUCGUACAAUAACCUAACCCUCAAGACGAUCUCGACGCUGGAGUGGGCUGACCUGCACUGCCCGAAGGCCAAGUAUGUACUCAAAACGGACGACGACAUGUUCAUCAAUGUGCCUAAGCUGCUGGCCUUCCUUGACAAGCACAAGGACAAGCGAACCAUUUACGGUCGCCUGGCCAAGAAGUGGAAGCCCAUCCGCAACAAGAAGUCCAAGUACUACGUGUCCGUAGACCAGUUUGCGGCUGGUGUCUUUCCAUCGUUCACCACUGGCCCGGCCUACGUCCUCACCGGCGAUAUUGUACACGAGCUGUACGUGAGAUCGCUGAAGACGGUGUAUCUGAAGCUGGAGGACGUAUUUACCACGGGUAUUGUGGCCAAGAGCUUAGACAUCAAGCGGGUGCAGGCCAACGAGUUCGUCAACCGACGCAUUUCGUUCAAUCCGUGCAACAUCCGCAACGCGAUCAGCGUGCACAUGAUCAAGUCCAACGAACAGUUCGAUCUGUGGAAGAAGCUGCUGGACCAGACCACCAAGUGUAAAUAGUAUUUUAAGUUUAGGGUUUAGAGGAUCGACAGCGAAGGAAGGUGGUACGAAUAGAGAAUGAUUAGCAAAGGCAGCUAUUAUAGAAUAAUAGAGUUAGCAUUAGUCACUAAGUCCUAGGAAUACUUAUCACAAAUUACGCUGUCCGUGAUCCCAGCAUUCCGCCUAAGUGCUUGCGAUCCGACAGCGCAUAAUUUUAAAAACGAUUUGUAGUUUAAUUUUAGCAUUCUGAAUGCCAUUAUUUAACUGAUAAUUACUGAGCGAUAACUGUGGUUACAUCUUAAACACUAAAUACAUGAAUGUAUAUCAAGAGAAAACCGAAAAUAAUGAUUUU